UGUGUGUUGAGCAGUAGCGGUUCUGCUGAGCUCUGUUGAGUAUCAGUCUGACAGAUCUGAGCCGUUAUCUGUAAUUGAUGUAAAUUUUGACAUUAGUAGCCAGAGGACUUCAUUUUCAUUGCUCACAUCGACUAAUCGUUGAUUUGAGUGACUUUAAUUCGACGACUCGUUUGCACUAAAACACAGUUUAUUCCUCUCCAAAAAUGGACAACAACGUUACAUCUUCAGCAUUUGACUCACAGGGUUAUAGCCCAACAUGCAAAAGGAAAAGAACGGUGGAAGAUUUCAACAAGUUUUGCACAUUUGUACUGGCAUAUGCAGGUUAUAUUCCAUAUCCACAGGAGGAGGCACCACUGAGGAGCAGCUCAAGCCCCCCUAACAGCACAGGCAGCACUGCGGACAGUGAUGGCCUUCCCUCACCUGAUCAGCCUCCUUCCAAGAGCCGAAAGAGCUUCGGGGGUUUCAAGAUGCCUGCCAGCAUUGAGCCUGAGCUCCACAAACGACCCAAAUCGACAGGACUCCUCCUCGAAGGAUGCAAGAAAACUGACAAGCUGAAGAAAAAGAAAAAGAAGCCUGUGGCAAGGAGCAAGUCUGGUGAUUUUGAUGUUUUCCCACCAUUUCCAUCCAGCACGGGCGCAGAAGUUUCCUCUCUCAGUCGGAUCGUUAAAGAGGAGCCAGAGGAUUACAGUAUCUCCCUGCCAUCGUCAUACGCGGAUGUGAAACACUCGGUGUACCCUGCUACGAGCUCACUGCUAAGUUCUGGCUCUCAGGGCGAUGGGAGCUGCAAGCAGGAGCCGAAAGCAGAGAGGCCGUGUUGGGAUUCCCCGAGCAGCUCGGGCACAGAGUCCAGAGCAGAGAGUACAGAGACGCAGAUAGAAGCAGAGGGUGAAGCUGUUGUCAUGAAGCUAGAUGGACUUGCUGGCACUAGAACGGUGAUCCGCCAGGGCAAGCAGGUUGUGUUCCGUGAUGAAGAUGGAUCUGCUGAUGAUGAAGAUAUCAUGGUCGAUUCAGAUGAUGACUCCUGGGAUCUGGUGACGUGUUUUUGCAUGAAACCCUUCGCUGGUCGAGCAAUGAUCGAAUGCAACCAAUGCAACACCUGGAUCCACCUUUCAUGUGCCAAAAUCCGCAAGUCCAACGUCCCCGAGAUGUUCACGUGCCAGCAGUGCAAAGACUCAAAGUUUGACAUCAGGCGCUCCAACCGCUCCAGCAUGGGCUCUCGAAAACACCUUCUAGACUGACUUUCCCCCUGACUUCCCUCCUCGUGUACAGACUUUAACAAAGAUGGGAGGAAGGGCUUUACGACUGUGUUGUUCAACUUUGUUUCAGACUUCCUUUGACUUUUCUAAAUCGUCCACCUUCCUAACUUUUUGCGUACGGCAAUCAAACACACAGAGAUGAGACGAGGUGUAGCGGACGGGAUUCUCGGCGGCACACAUCGCUACACAUUAGAGGAGUCAGAGAAGUUGUGCUGGGAAUAAAGGAGAGACUGGAUUGCACUUUUUAAAGGGAGAGUUGGACAUGUAGCUUUCAAAGGUGUGUUCGUCAAAGUGUUAAGUUUGUUGUUUCUGUUUUUUUUUUCUUCGUGAACUCGCCAAAUACCUGAGGAAUAGAGCACUAUGGAGUUCUAGUAGAAGUAUGCUAAUACAGGCUACAGAAGCUGUCCUUGAGUGGUUAUUGGACCUGUGGAGUAAACCAUCAAAACCUUUUUUUCUUCAAAGUGCUUUCCUUCAAGACUUUAUUGAGAACCUUGUGUCAAAAAGAUACCCAGGGUAAAAAACCUCUCAUCUCUUUUAAAUGGAAAUUGAUUUAAACAAGCCACAAGUUUAAGAACACGUUGUUACCUUCAGGUGUUCCAUGUGAGAGCGGAGAUGCCCUCUGAGCUACCCCGUUUUUUAUUCUGUAAUGUGCUUUCCCUGAUUAACAAAGCCAUAGAAAUUUCUAACUGCCGUAGUUAUAUCCAUGUGUUCUAUUCAGGUUGUCUGAAUCUUUGUUCUGCUGUUUUAAAUUUAGUUCAUGUGUAAAUUUAAGUAAAGCGAACGUGAGGUUUAGCUCAGCUUGUGGUCUUUCAAUAUAAAAAUUGAAAAUAAUUGAAAAUUGGGGAAACUGGCGGCACAGACUCAGGUGAUAUUUUCAGAUUCAUCGAGGUGGGACAUUAUAUAGCCAAAAGUAUGUUGACACCCCGAUUAAUGCUUGAAAUCAGGUGUUUGAAACACUUCUCUUCCUAAAAGUAUAAUGUAUAAAGUCAAUUAUACCAAAUAAAUUAUAUGCUUCCGAGUUUGUGGUGACAGUUUAUGAAAGGCCCUUUCUUUAUUUCAUCAUGUUUGUGCUACUGUGCACAAAUUACAGCCAAUAAAGACAUUGUUUUACAAGUUUGGUGUGGUGGAACUCCAGUGGUUUGCACAAAGCCCUGACCUCAGCCUCAGAAUGGGCACAAAUUUCCACGGGCACUCCGAAAUCCUGUUCCAUCAUAAAAAUACUUUGCUGUUGGAAUACAAGCUUAUGAUCAGGUGUCCACAUACUUUUGGUCAUAUAGUGCAUUAGAAAUGUUAGUAGAUGUUGAGAUCCAGUGAUCCAGGAUGAGUCUGUAUUUUUGCACUAUGCCACAAAACGCUUCGAGUUGUGCGUGUUCCUGGGUGUCUUCAGAAUUAUGACUACACACAGUGGUUUUGCUUUCUGCGUCGUAACAGAUUAGUCGUUGGUUCUAAAGAGGAAUCUGUUCCAUUAGAUGAUGGACAUUGAAGUUCUUGACAGUGACCUGUUUUGGAAAGGGAUUUCAUUAGUUUUCACUUGUGGUUCUUAUUGUUCAGGCCACUGAAACGAUCUAGUGUGAUUACAAUAGAUCUGAACAGAAACCAUUCACUUUCUCACCCAUCUUGCUUCUGAAAAAUACAUUUCCUACUUAAUUUCUCCACAUUUAGACAAUUUCUGGGUUUUGCAACGAUGAGACAAACUUACAAGCCAGUCAUGAACUCAAGUACAAGUCAAGUCAAAAGUUUGCAUACACUUGUAGAAGACAACUCACUGCACAGUUGUGAUGUCAAUGAUUUCUGCAACAGUUUUUCUUUGACUGAAUGAUUGAAACUGACUUCUUCUAGAAUUUGUUCACUUGUAAUUAAGAGGCAGUGCCAUGAAGGGAAACCAUUGGGACAAUUUCUACACCAUUAAAUGAAUGAUCCAUAUCACUGUGUCAUUUUAGAAAACUCUCAAUACACUUAUUAAAUAACUCUUUAAUAAAACUUUAGAUUUUGGACAAAAAAGUGUUCUAGUCAUUAAGUAUAAUAAUAAUAAGAAUCAUUAAGAAAUCAUUCGCACCUUGUGAUCAGUGUUUCUGGGUGGACCCCUGUAUCCACUGUACCUCUGAUGUGAAUGUAGCAUUUAUAAAAAAAAAAAAUUAAAAGCAGUUUUUAUCCUGCCUGAAAUAAUUGUUGUUGCUUUGAGUCCGACAGCUCUCAGAACCUGAGAUCAGUACUUACUUCAUGUGUCUGUCUUUGUAAAGUCCGACUUGUGUACUGGUACACUGUACCUCACAUCUGUUGCAGAUAUAUCUCAGGAAUAAGAUGGUUGAAAAAGUGGCUGGUCAUUAGUCGGUUCAGAUUCAGUGGUCACAAUAAUGUGGGUAAAUUUAGCCUGACGUUCGUCUUCUACGUGAGCUUAAACUAUUGCGUAACGUCUCACAGCUCUUUUAUUUCUGGAACAUCAUUAUUUGUCUUAAGUUAUUAGGAGCGGACUGUCUGCUGUCUGUCUGAUUUCAUUUAAAGCAUUUACUUUCCCAAUGUUGGACCUUAAAUGAACCAUAUUGAGCUUGUUAACCGUUCUGCAGUUGUAACAUAACCACUUGUAUUCAUUUCUUCAGCGUUUAAUGUGACUCAGAUUUUUUAAUGUUUUUUUCUUUAUUGGUUUUAUUUACUUAUAUUUAAUUCUGUAACUCCUCUUUGCUCCACGUUUAAGGAGGACUUUACUGUUUUAAGGAGUACUGAGUCAGUGCAGAUUUAGUGUUUUCCCUGUUAGACCUUUGUAAGCACGUAAAAACCAAACCUUUUUAGAUACUUCUGUUUCGAUGUUUAGUCAUUAUUUAUUGAGAUGUUCAGUUGGCUCAGGCUAUCUUUUAGUAGCUUGAUAUUUGGAGGAAAAAUCAUUUUUACAUUGUUUUAUAUGUGUAAUACUAGGUCUGUCAUGGUUACUUUAUACAGUAAAAACAUUGGCUAAGGCAUUCUGUAAUAUCUGUAGAGAUUCAGUUUCUCCUGCUAUUACAUAUUAACAUUAGGAAUAAGGUCAAUGUCCUGCAAAAGGUGUUUUGUCUGAAAAUGGCUACAAUAAAAACUAAGAUGCCCCCAUAAAAAAGCGAUAUGGUGACAUGAAUGGUUUAUUUUCUAAAAUAAAAAACACUUGUCUAUUGUUUCAGACAAAACACUUGGUUUUUUAGAGGCAGGACAUAAAACUGCAAAAGAGUUUUGGUCAAAUAGCUGUGAUCAAAACUAAGUCACAGGUUAUUGAAUUGCUGGCAUUCAUAGAACUGUGGUGGAGUCUGGGUGGGGGAAAAAACAACUCAAAAAUAACCCAGCAUCUGGAUAAAAGGACAAAAAUAAACAAAAUGGGAAAAUUUUCAGUGCGAUUUGUGUGAUUUUAAACAUUUUAAAGCCAUGACUGUCCUACUUCAUACUGUUUUAGUUUUUAAACAUUUUUUUGAUUUUGUACUUUCCAGAUCUAAAGCAAUUUGAGUAAAAUAUAUAAAGAUUGCUGUACAUUUUUGGUACAAUCAGUGCAUUCUGUUUCUAUAUAAUGUUAAUGGUAGUUGCAGGCUCUUCUCCCCCUGGUAUAAUAGAGAAUUUAGGAAUCAGUAGAGAUGAUGGGACUCACUGUAUUUAGAUUAGAGAAAGAGCACCGGGGCCAGAGAGAAAAUGUUUCUGUGAAACUGAUGUAAAUAAAGAACUAAUGAGAAUUUAA